UUUAUUAAGGGCUGCGAUGGUUUAAAUCUCGUUCUCUUUCGUCUGCCACAAACUCUGCUAAUUUUUUGUCCACUCCGCCUAGAAAACGUUGGAGACGCUUUUUAAAGAGCCUUCACAGUGUUGAACAUUUUGUAUUCAUUGUGGGUACUGCAUUCGAUAUUGAUAUUUUGAAUAACUGUUUGGAAUAACUUAGCUCGGAAGCAUUGCAAGUUGUCGUACAAGGGUUCGCUAGACUUCUGGGCAAUCAUGGAUGUUGGUAAAGAGGAACCAAUGGAGGAGACCGUUCUUGUUGGGGAUGACCUCAUGUUGGGUUUACCGUCACCUCUUGUCCCUCCAGACAUUGCUUCUCAUGUCCUAGAGGGUGUUGAUCUGUGUGAUGGACUUUUGAAGAAACUUUUUCUCUGCUUGCAAAUAAAUGAUAUUGAACCUUUUUGUCAAGAUGAGAUCGCAUUGUAUCGCCAAUGUGCUGAAAAUCGGGAUAAAAAACUCAGGCAACGAAUUGAAGAAAGUGAAAGAAAACUGGGGCAGUUGAUGCCUGAGAAAGAUGCAAAGGAGCGAGCUACCCAACUUCAAUCAGAAGUGACUUUGUUGGAAAGGCGCUUAGUUCUUGCAAGUGGGAUUGAGGGAAUGGAAGGAUUCCGUCAACGUUGGAGUUUACACGGUCGCCUUCAAGACAUGAAGAAAAGACUAGAAGCUUUGGAGCAGGGACUGGAAAAGAGGACGUCUGUAGAGGAAAGGAAUAUUCAAGAGCCACUAAGCAAAAAAAUGUGGCGUUUUUGGCAAUAACCAAACUUUCUUAGAAUGAGAAUCAUGUGGCUCUAGCAAAAGUGAAAAAGUGGUUAUGAUGGAAUCCAUUACAAAGUUAAGGUACACUAUCUCAUGAUCUAAAUCACAAACUCCAUUGCAAAGUUUAAUGUAGACCAAUAUCUGUGGGAAAGGAGUAAAAGCUUCGGAGCAGCAAAUAGACAAAAGUAGGAUGAGGACGGAACAUUCAAAGAAUUACGUGGCAGGAAGGAUGGUGUUAUUUGCAGUAGUCAAACUUCCUCGGAAUUGAGCUCAAAUCUAUCAGUACUGGUUGCUUAUUUAUCAAUUCUUACAUACAAAGCUUAUUUAUAAAUAUUUAAUUCAAUAUCUCUUUGUUUA